AUGACAAAAAAAAAAAGCAUAAGAAACUACAAUGUUACAAACAAAAGAGUUAAUUUAUCAAUUGUUAAAAAUAUAAUACAAAACAAAUAUUAUGGAGGAGCACAAAGCAAUGGGUUCAGAAUACCACAAACAUUAUCACAAAAGUUGGAAUUUAAAAAAAUGAAAUUAAGUAGUAUUCUUAAUAUAACUAAUGAUUUGCCACAAAUAAUACGUGGGCAUUGUAAAUUAAGUAAAACAUCCAAGAUUAUUGAGGUUGUAUUUAGUAAAGAGAUACUUUUUGUAUUAAAUGAUUCUGGUUUAGGAACAGCAUAUAAUAGACAUAAUAAUAAUAUGUUAUGUAUUUUGAAUAGAUCCCCAUCUGAAACAAUAAGAUCUUUAUUCUAUAACAAGAUGAAUAAUACAAUAGUUAUAGCAUUUCAUCAUGAUCCAUCAGUAUUAAAUUGUACUAUUUUUAAUAUAGAUGAUGUAAUGUUAAAGAGAAAUAUCUCAAGUAGUAUUGGAAAAGAUUUUCAGCAAAUUAAAGUAGGAAAUCCAGGAUUUAUUGAGUUUGAUGAUGGAAAUGGAAGAAUAGUAGUAGCAGAUCCACAAAAUGACUAUUUUACAUUUUGGGAUAUGAGUAAUUAUAAUAAAUUAUAUCAAAUUAAGGGUCAAAAUUUUUUGGAAAUGAGAAUAUCUGAUGGUACUGUUGUAUUUUUUAGACAACCAUCUUAUUCAACAAUUGAAGCACAUUUAUGUAAUAUAUCAAAUGGGGAAUACCUUGAAAAAACUAUAGUCAAAUUAAGAUCAUCAUUAGAUAUACAAUUUUUAGAAUUACAUAGAGAGUAUUUAUUAUUAAAGCAAGAAAGUUGUUCAAUUAGGGUAUGGAAUUUGUUAACAAAUUCAAGCAAAAAAAUCUCUAAGACUAGAGACUUUCAUCCUAAAGCAUUUAUUUUUUUUGAUCAAAUUACUGAAAUUAAUAACUUUACCCAUUUUUUAACGGUAUCUACUGAUGAAAUCAACGUAUGGACAUGUAGUAAUUUUGGAGAAGUAGAAAUUAAAUUCAGAAUUUCACUACCAGGAAUACAAACAGCUGAUUGUGUAAAUGUUUGCUUUAGUAAAGGAAUUAUUAUGACAUACUGUAAUGGAUUGGUAAUUAAUGAAUGUGAACAAGAGAAUGAGGAUACAAACAAUACAUAUCAAUUACGAGAAUAUAAUGGAAUCGAAAAUAAUAGCUAUAUGAGUGGGUUUAUACCCCAAUUCAUUCAAGCAUCUAAAUAUUUUACAAGUCUUUGUGUAGGAAAUAAUAAUACUAGUACUGAAAACCCUACAGUAGUCAGAUCUAAUAAUAUAUCAUUGUCGACAACAGUUACUGGUGAAACAAUAUCUGAAGGUGAACAAGAAAUAACUAGCACCAAUUAUAUUCAAAUGAAUAAAAAAAAUUAUCCUGAUCCAAAUCAAAAUCAUAUACCACCUGUUUUAGAAUUGAAUACAAACUCUUAUUUAAAUCAGCAAGAUGGACUUUUGGCGCCAAUAUGUCCUUUAAUAGAUGAAGAAACUGAAAUCUUUUCAAAAGAUAAGAAUUCUCUAAGGAAAGCAAUAUAUAUACAUUCAUUAUAUGACGGAUCCAGUUUAGGUACAAUAUUCUGUGACGAUAUUAGUGACGAUUCAGAGGAUGUAGUCUUAUUACAUUACGAUAGUGAUGGGAUGGAAAUAGCAUGUGGUACAAAUUAUGGCUUAUUAAGGAGAUACAAACAUAUAUUUGGGUAA